AUGACAACCUCAGAGCUUGCGCCGCCAUCCCUGGCCAAGAGGAACAGGAGGUCGCGGAGGCGUCGUCAAGACAAGCCGGCGAUCGCAGCUAGGCUAAUUCUGGAUGAUCACAAUGCGGGGGGCGAUGUCGGUACUUUGUCCGAGGACCUAUUCGCAGACCUUUUCCCCCACCUCCGUGAUGUGCCCGCUCGUGAAGAUGGCUCCGAGGACGUUCAUCAUGUAGCCAUCGCUCCCUGGGAGCCGACCCCGUCUCCGACCGAAACCGCCUGGACGGUGGUGCCCGUAGUCAAGUCCUCGGCGCUCAAACCUUCGACCGUCCAAUUCUCGCCCUCGUCCUUGUCCCUGCAGAGCUUUGCGACCACUCUCCAGCAGGUUGCGCCGUCGAAACUCUCAAGUAACAGCCGCAGUGGCAUUGAAAUCCAGAUAUUAGACGUGGUUGCACUCUCGUUGGACACAGUAUACGUUAGCCUCGAGAGCGAAUUGACGAAGCGCUUGGAACAAGGCGAGGGCACCUUUUACCGCGACCAUCCAAGCAGCGUCAAUGGCGUGGGUUCUGCCGCCCCAGAAACCUCCGAGGGUCGCCUCAUCUCUUCGUUGCGCGUGGCUCUGGGAAGUUUGCGAGUUCUUCACUCUGGUGACCUCUUUCCUCUACCGCUACCUCCGCAUCCAGUCACCCAUAUCCCCCCAAACCCAGGCAAGAUCAUGCUGUGUGAGCCCGUGAGCCAAGGAGUUCUCUCCGAGAGCACAAAGAUCGUCUUGAUGCGAGGGCGGGUACACACGAAGCACGGUCAAGCCGCUCCCUCGAUCCCCCCGAAUCGGAGCCUGAACGGUGUUCCCGAUGAAGAGGACGAUACCGCCAACGAUCAGUUCUUCUCAGCUGCAGAAGACAGGUACAAGACGGACUCUGCGAACACCGAAAUAGACUCCGUGACCGAGACAGAGGAGUCGGAGCUUUCUGGCAUCGACCAGGAUGACGAUCUCUCUGACGACUCCAUGGAUGACAUGAUCUCUCUGCAGGCGCCGACGCUACCUACGACUGCCGCAAGUGGUAUGUCUACCAUGCAGCCGGGAUCACCGAUGACCAUCGGAAGGGGAAGGAAAACCAACGGGAUUGCAACUCCCGGCUCUGUCUUUUCCAACUAUACUGCAACUACCGCUCGUCCAGACCGACCUCGAGGCCGACUUUUUAGGGCUCAGGGGCUGAUUCGAACCAUUCCCAUGGACCUCCUUCACCCGAAGCCGGCACCAGAGGAUGAUGAUGAGGCUAGGGUUUUCGUAGACAUUGCCUCCCUGUCGAAGAUCGGGUGCUUCUCAGGAGACUGGGUCCGCAUCGAGGCUACUGAAGAACCUCCUGCCAAUGGGUUCGGCGCCUUUGGACUCGGAAGCUUCACGUCGCUAGACCCGUCCGAGUCCAAUUGGCGUCCAGUAAGGGUCUUUGGUCUUCCAGAGGGGUACUCUCAACGCCCAGUUACACGGAUAGCAGGUGCAAAGCAUGGCGAACGCAAACUGUCUUUCUUCGAUUCCCAACUCCAGAAGCCGACCAGCCCGACAGCCUACAUAUCUCCCAUUCUGUUAGCCAAUCUUGAUGAACCGUCGUAUCUCCGGCUGUCACCUAUUAAGCGGGGGGCGUAUCAAGGAAAGGGAACUCUUCCCAAGUUCACGAACGCCUCGCGUCCCCCGUACGCCCGCGAUAUCACAAUUCAGCAUGUCCGGUCACCAGUGACUGCGGAACGAGCUUACCAAUCGGCGGUCCUUGGCGGUCUCAAGCGUUACUUUGCUCAGAAUAUCCGACUUGUACGGACAGGCGAUCUUAUCGCCGUGCCCAUCGACACACAACUGGGCAAAGCGCUACAAGAGCAACCAGGUGGAAGCAAUGGGUCCGAGGUGGACGACGUGAUGGCACUGUCCAAAGAAGGGUCGGCAAGAUUUGACCAGGUGGCAUGGUUCAAGGUUGGCCACAUCCAGAUCUCAAAAUCCGAUGCCGACAAUGACCAGUCCGAAGAGUUGUGGGGAGGGGUGGCAUGCAUCGACAGCUCCUCCGUCGCGAUGCACGGCUCCGGCUUUGCCACGAGCCGCAUACCCGCAACCAAAUCCAACACCUGGCCCUAUUAUCUUGGGGUCAAGAAGAUGCCCAGCAAAGCACCAAGUGUUUCGGCACUGACGCUUCCUGACCAGGACUUCCGUUACGUCUCACCUCUCAGAAGACGUUUGCGAGAGUUGUUGGCCGCCGCCACCAGCCCAAGAGCGGUACAUUUGAAGAUGCCGCCAGUUGCCAUUCUUGUCACCGCCACGCACCGCAAUAUAGGCAAAGCGACUGUGGCUUCGGAAGCCUGCUCCGAUAUUGGACUCCACACGUACUCGAUUGAUGCAUACGACAUCCUCAGUGAGGCAGGGACCAGCGGCAGCGAUGUUAAGACAGAAGGUCUCCUGCGAACCAGGGCCGAAAGAGCUAUGAGCUGUGGCCCAGAAACCACCGCUUUGCUGAUUAGGCAUAUCGAGGCGUUGACUGCCGACCGCAUGGUGUCGACCAUGAAGGAGAUUUUGCAGGACACAAGAGUGCUAAUCGCUACUACCAGUGACGUCGACAAGGUCCCGGAUGGAGUUCGAGGUCUCUUUAGCCAUGAGCUUGAGAUGGGUGCCCCUGACGAAGCUGAACGUGAAGGCAUCCUCAGAGCUAUUAUUGAGGAUCGCGGUAUCAACCUAGACCCUGAAGUAGACCUCAACGGCGUGGCUCUCAAAACCGCUGCGUUGGUGGCCGGUGACUUAGUGGACGUGGUCGACCGAGCAGUUAUCGCACAGCGAUUGAGGUUGGAGCAAAUAUCAUUGAAAACAGAAGCUACUGGCCAGGCCGUCACGGUGCGGGAUCUCCAGGUAGCUGGUGGACCAAUGGCUCGAUGCGUCACCAAGGGCGACUUUGAGGUCGCUGUCGAGGCCGCGCGGAAGAACUUUGCAGGCGCCAUCGGAGCUCCCAAGAUUCCGAACGUCACAUGGGAUGAUGUUGGUGGCCUGAACAACGUCAAGGAUGCUGUGACAGAAACCAUUCAGCUCCCCCUGGAGAGACCCGAGCUUUUCGCCAAGGGCAUGAAGAAGCGGUCUGGCAUCCUUUUCUACGGACCUCCGGGAACCGGAAAGACACUGCUAGCGAAGGCGAUCGCGACGGAGUACAGUCUCAACUUCUUCAGCGUCAAGGGUCCCGAGCUGCUCAACAUGUACAUCGGAGAGUCGGAAGCCAACGUCAGACGCGUCUUCCAGCGUGCCCGCGAUGCUCGCCCUUGUGUCGUGUUUUUCGAUGAGCUGGAUUCCGUUGCGCCCAAGCGCGGAAACCAGGGAGACAGCGGCGGUGUCAUGGACCGCAUCGUCUCGCAGCUGCUCGCCGAGCUCGACGGCAUGUCGGGCGGGGACGACACGAGCGGCGGUGUCUUCGUUAUCGGCGCCACCAACCGGCCGGAUCUGCUCGAUGCCGCCCUGCUCCGUCCCGGGCGCUUCGACAAGAUGCUCUACCUCGGCGUGUCUGAUACCCAUGACAAGCAGCUCACAAUCCUCGAGGCUCUCACCAGGAAGUUUACUCUCCACCCCUCGGUCUCCCUGCAGUCCGUCGCUCAGCGGCUCCCGUUCACCUAUACGGGCGCUGACUUUUACGCCCUCUGCAGUGAUGCAAUGCUCAAGGCCGUCACGCGGCAGGCAGCGGCGGUCGACGCCAAGAUCCGCGACAUAAACGCCGCCCGGGCGCCGUCGCGACCGCCCAUCUCGACGGCCUAUUUCUUCGACCACCACGCGACGCCUGACGACAUUGCCGUCAUGGUCACCGAAGAGGACUUCAUGAGGGCGCACGAGGAGCUGGUGCCUAGCGUAAGCGCCGGCGAGCUGGCGCACUACGAGAAGGUGAGGGCGAGCUUCGAGGGGUCGCCCGACAAGGAGAAGCAGGCGCAGCCUCAACGCCCCGCGGCGGGGGCGGCGUUCAGGGCCGUUUCCGGGUCCUCAGCCGUGUCCAGGGGCAGUUCCAAGGGCAAAGGUAAGGCCGUGGCGGCGUCUUCCAAGGGGAAGGGGAAGGCCGUGGCGACGGGCAGCGAUGACGAGUACGAAUCCGAGGGCGAGGUCGCGGUAAUGAACGGCAAGGGCAAGGGCAAGGGCAAGGGCAAGGCUGUCGCGGGAUUCCAAGAUGGAACGGCGAGCGACGACGAGGGAUUGUAUUAA